AGGCGGCGGCGGCGGGGACCGAAGAUGGCCGAGUCUCCGGAGGAGGUGGCGGUGCUCGUGCAGAGGGUAGUGAAGGACAUCAACAACGCCUUCAAGCGCAACCCCCACAUAGAUGAAAUUGGAUUAAUUCCCUGUCCUGAAGCCAGAUACAACCGGAGUCCAAUAGUCCUGGUAGAAAACAAACUUGGAGUGGAAAGCUGGUGUGUCAAGUUUCUGUUGCCAUAUGUCCAUAACAAGCUUCUUCACUAUAGACAAAGAAAGCAAUGGCUCAACAAAGAAGAGUUGAUAGAUAUCACCUGUACGUUGCUGCUACUGAACCCAGAUUUCACUACUGCAUGGAAUGUAAGGAAAGAACUAAUACUAUCUGGCACUUUAAAUCCAGUUAAAGAUUUACAUCUUGGAAAAUUGGCACUAACUAAGUUUCCAAAGAGUCCAGAAACAUGGAUUCAUAGACGAUGGGUGCUGCAACAACUAAUUCAGGAAAACUCCUUGCCCACUCUUGUGACUAAAGGGAAUUUGGAAUCAGCACCUACAGAAAGAAUACAGCGGUUAGUGAAAGAAGAAAUGGAUGUUUGCUGUGAAGCUGCUGGGAGAUAUCCAAGUAAUUAUAAUGCCUGGUCCCAUCGCAUCUGGGUCUUACAGAACUUGGCAAAACUCAGUACAAAGAUUCUUCUUGAUGAACUUUCUUCCACUAAACACUGGGUUUCCAUGCACGUUUCAGACCAUAGUGGAUUCCAUUACCGCCAGUUUUUAUUAAAGUCUUUGAUUGGCAGAACUGCAGCUGACUGUACUUUACAGAUCUAUAAUCCAGUGGCCAAUCAGCAAGCACCCAGUCUUCCAAAAGAUGAAGAAAAUGAUGAAGCAGGAGCUGCCUGCGCAGAAGAACAAUGGCCAGAUCAUCAUCAUCUUCUUCUAAAGGAAGAAAUAGAGCUCUGCACUGAUUUAAUCAAUACUUACCCUGGCCAUGAAACCCUGUGGUGUCACAGACGGCAUGUGUUUUACCUUCAGCACCACUUAAAGAACAAAUUUCUACAUCCAUGCACCUGGUCAACAGUUGCAGACAAUACUGAUGCAACAUUGAAUAACUUACACCCUGGUGUCGCACUUGGUCCUGUGACCCAAGCCAUGGAUAUUGACGGCUUAAUUGAAUCCAACAAACAAGGCUACAUUCAAGAAACGAAACGUCUGAAACGUGCUCCUAUGCAGGACUCUGUCAGUUUGGAAGUGGAAUACAGGUUCAUCGAUCAUGUUUUAUCAUCUUGUAGGGAGGCAGAGCAGGCAAGGUUUGCUGGUGCAUACAGAAAAUGGCUGGUUUCUUUUCUAGGUCAGUGAAGGAGAUUUUUUUUAAAAAAAUUGCAGGGUCCCUUGUUUAGUGCAAUAUUCUUUUUUCAAACACAGGUGCUCAUAAUGGCACCGGCCACUUUUCAACCCUUCACUGUUGCUAUCAGUGCUGAAUUUCAUUUGACGAUAAUGGGUUUAGUUUAACUUAUAUUUUUUAAAAGCACCCUGGUGUUAAUCUGAAGGUUGUUGUUUUUUCUGAAUUUCUGCAUCUCUCCAUAUCACAAACUCCUUAAUUCUAGUACAAACUAAACUAUAUUUUCCUUAAAUAAAGACGAAUGAAAGUUUUUAAGUAGCUACUACAACUGGUGUGCCAGAAAAACAGGAAGGUGGGGCAACAGGUUCAAAAUGAAUUUGCUUCUAAAUCUCUCUCCCCUAACAAAUCAAAGGCACUGGCCACUGAAGACAAUGGAUAAUCAUCCCAAACAUUAGUGUAGACAGGGUCUCGGCCUGAUCGGUUUUGAGUACAAGUCUUUUCAUUUUAUCUUUGUAUUGCUUCCAUUGUACCACUGCUUUGCUAUCAAAGUUCAGGUUGCAGUCAACCUGUUUCCAGUUCAAAUUUGAAUUAAUAUGAUGACUUUACUAUGACUUACAUUUCCAUUGUAGUGCCAGUUCUAAUGGAGUAUAGGAAAUAUGAAAUGACAGGAGAAUUAUAAAAAGAUAGAACCAUCUCUCUUACUCACCCAUGUACACUUACAUUUAUUAUAGUUCCUCAUUGCAUGUCAUAUUUUUAUUUUCAUUUACUUACAUCGGUGUUAAUGAUGUAUAUUUUGGACAUAUUGUGAACGCCAUAGAAUUACACAAAGCUUCAUAAGUAUAACAUGCCAUAGAUAAACACUACAGAUGUUUAGGAUGAAAAGGCCUUUUUGUGUGUGUUUAAACAACAAAAAAUAAGUUUUUCUUUAUAGAUGUUCUGAUUUCUUUCAUUGAGAAUGCCUGUUCUCUUCAGCCUCCUCCUUGUGACUUUUCUUUUUAUUUAUAAAUCCAUCAAAUGUACACUGGGUGGCGAGACAAUUAAUUUUCUUGUUGUCAAGCUUUUAUUCCUUAUUGCUAACAGCACAGUGAAGUAUGAUUGAUUUUGUUCUGGUAUUUCAUUAAGCUGACCUACAUUUAAGAUUCCUAAGCCGUUGUAGUAAUAUUAUGCUAAAUGUAUGAGAACAGCCCAGUGAACACAACUUCAGUAUGAGUCUCCAUACAUACUCCAAAGCAGGGCCUUGUGUAUGAGCAGGUUUGCACACUGACUUUAAUCAAAAUGGCAGCUUUGUGUGCACCCAGUGGAAUCUGUAUACACUACAGUCAAUUGGAAAAGCAUGGCUUAAUUAGAAGUUCUACAUAUAUAAGGAGCCCCACAAUUCAAGCCAAUAAUACAGGGCAGCACUACUAAUUAUGGAGCCAAUGGCUUAAAUAUAAUAUUACAUGAGUAGACUCCCCCAUGCUCCCUUUCCUUCUUCAGCCCCUGCCACUUCCAAAUGUACUGUGAAGGUUUCCCCAGCCCUCCAAGAGCAUAUCUGGGGAGAGAGGGAAACUGUUCCACCAGUGUUUUCUGUUCUGCUGGUGGUUGGUCAGGGUUGGGUACAACACCAUGAGAGUGGAUGUGUUUCGGCAUACACAUGAAAGACUUUAAAACAAAUCCUGAUUGUCUGAAAAUAAUAUGCCACUUUUAAAAUGGGCUCACAAAAUAAUAGUUUACUUGGAUUUCUCACACCACCCACCAGCUGGACAGGUCCAGCUACCAUGAAAUGUUUCCAAUUAGAAUUGUUAAGCCUGUUUUCCUUGCACAAAGAGAAGAUAUGUGUUCUGCUUCCCCCCCCCCCCACUUCUUGUAGGAGUAGUAGAAGCAUGGCCAGCAUCCUAGGACUUGAUUCCAUUGUCUGAAUGCAGCAGUGCAAUAGUUAGCUUAAAUCCCAUGCAAGUAUUUAAUUGGCCAAAGGAAAAAUACUGAUGCUUAAGGGUUUCUCUGGGUCUCACAAAGUUGGAGGUUGACUGGAAGAUAAGGAAAUUUAUUUUUAUUUAUUUAUUUAUUACAUUUCUAUACCGCCCAAUAGCCGGAGCUCUCUGGGCGGUUCACAAAAAUUAAAACCAUUCAAAGUAUAAAACAACAGUAUAAAACCAUAAUAUAAAAUACAAUAUAAAAGCUCAACCAGAUAAAAACAGCAGCAAUGCAAAAUUACAAAUUUAAAACCAUGUUAUUUAAAAUUUAUAGAUUGUUAAA